UCCUUUUCUUCUAUUGUGAAAUGUCAUUUGCCGGCCUACAGUUCCCGACACGGCCUUCAGCUGGAACCGGUGUCAACUUAGUUGCUGAAUGACUGAAGUUUGUCGUCUCUUAAACGUUGUGUUUGUAUUUUUUGGGUGUUUUUCUAUUUUGUUUUGUUUUUCGAGCACUUUAUUUUGUCUCUUUUGCCACUUCAUCAUCAUCAUCAUCAUCAUCAUCCCUAACGUCCCUGGACUGACAGCAGGUCUAACUGUACCAGGUAACGCAGUGCAGCCAUGAGGGGACUUUGGGGUGGAGCAGCUGUCUUAGGUUCAGCAUCCAUGGCGUUUGCCUCGAUGCUGUGGUCACAGCAGAAGACUGAACCAGAAAAGGAUGCUACUGGUUGCAACUCUGACACAAAUUCCAGUUCCCCCUACGAGCUAAAACUGGUCCAGAUCUUGUUCCGGCACGGCGCUCGAACGCCCCUCAAAUCAAUACCUGAUGUAUUGGAGGCCCAGUGGGUGCCAGAACUUUUGGAGGCUCCACCGCACACCGACAUCAGUUAUGUAGUGACAAAUCUUCAAGGUGGACCCAGGCCCUCAUCUCCUAUAGAAGACAGCUAUCGGAGAAGCAUCCUUACCGGUGGCACAUUCCCUGGUCAGCUGACCACACUGGGCAUGCAGCAGCUGUAUGAGCUGGGCAAAAGGCUAAGGAGGAGAUACAUUGAGGAGAGUGCCUUCCUUAGCUCCACAUUUAACCCAGAUGAGGUCUACGUGCGCUCCACUAAUAUUGUGAGGACCAUUGAGUCUGCCAAGUGCCUGGUUGCGGGGCUCUUCCAGCAAAAACAAAAAGAAAUUGUGCCUAUUUUAACAACGGAGGCAGAAUCUGAAAUUCUGUAUCCUAACUAUCACGGAUGCAAGCUGCUCAAAAUCCUUGGCGGCCACCGCUGGGCAGAGUCGUCCACUCUGCCACACAUUGCAGCAGACCUGCAGAGCAUCCGGAGCGAGCUGGGGAUCGCUGCUCACCAGAAUGUUGACUUCAUCCUCAUUAGGGAUGACAUGGUUGCCAGAGAGACACACGGCCUUCCCUGCCCUCAAGUGUUGUGCACCUGGAGGGAUAAAGUGGAACAAAGAGCCGUGGAUAUGAUGUGCCAUAUCUUUGAGCCCAGCAAGAGAGAGAAUUUGCAGCUGUCUGUGGGACCCCUCCUGCAGGUAUUGAGAGAUAACAUUGAGGAGAAACUACAGGGCACCUCAUCAGAGCCAAGCAGGAAGAUGCUUUUGUACUCAGCACAUGACACCACUCUGAUUCCUUGUCUGUUGGCUCUGGGGAUUUUUGAUAUGAGAUGGCCACCGUAUGCUGCUGAUCUCACUCUGGAGCUGCACCAGAACCGGAAGACUAAUGAGGCCUUUGUUAAAGUGUCAUAUGUAGGCCAGGAUCAGCUCAUACCGGGUUGUAGUGCAGUCUACUGCCCACUGCAGGAGUUCAAACAGGUCCUCUCAGCAUACUCGUUGAGCCCCGAAGACUACGAGUCACGUUGUAACAGCACAGAAGGCUUGACCAAACCCUGAACCUUCAGCAAACCUUCACAUAAACACACUGCUAUCCAUGAGAUUACACUUUGACAGUGAGCACGCCUCCUGCCUUUUUACAUCCUCGAUUCUCACUCCAUCCAGCCAGCGUGUCAUUAUUGUAUCACUGUCAGAGUGCGCUGGAGUACAGCCACUUUUGCAGAUCUUUCAGGUUACACCGCUUGGAUUCAACAUAGUUUUGUUACCAUGGUAAUCACAUUAAAGGUGCUGUAAAUGAUAUUUUGAAGCACUGAACGAUGCGGUAGAGCGCUGGCAUCUAAGACCAAAACAAUCAACCCCCCCCCAACUCGUCUUUGCAUUUCAUUUACAACCAGAAAGGUUGUGCACAUGUGAACCAACAAAAAGCAUCCAGCCCUAACCAUCACUCUGUGCUCACAUGGUAACAGCCAUUAAAUGACUGAGACAUGCAGCAUUUGAACACUCUGAACUGCAUUCUGUGUUUUUAUGAAUGCAGGGAGGACAAACAUUUUCAAAGGGAGGGACUCGUUCACUAACGCAGGUGUGGCCGGGCCGGCUACGAAAACAAAGAACAGAGACAGCACGCGGGAGGUCUGCAACGUCAUCCUCUGAAAGAACACCAUCGCGUCACUACAUCUUC